AACAUGGCAGAGUUCAACACUCAUUCUCUCACCUUCUUUCUCUGUCUCUCGUCUUCUCACGGAUCAAACUCCACAAGGGAGCUUUGAAAAGUUAACUAUCUUCCGGGACAAGCCUAUACACAGUAUUAAAAAUGCAGUUCUUUGAUGGAUAUGGGUAUCAUGGAACCUCAUUUGAGCAGACAUAUCGGUGCUACCCGGCAUCAUUUAUUGAAAAGCCACAAAUUGAAAGUGGAGAUAAAAUUAUAAUGCCUCCCUCGGCCCUUGACCGCCUUGCAUCUUUACAUAUUGAUUAUCCGAUGUUGUUUGAGCUUCGGAAUGAUGCUGCAGAGCGGGUCUCGCACUGUGGAGUGUUAGAGUUCAUUGCAGAGGAAGGCAUGAUCUAUAUGCCAUAUUGGAUGAUGGAAAAUAUGAUUUUACAAGAGGGAGACUUUGUUCGAGUAAAAAAUGUGACUCUUCCAAAGGGAACAUAUGUCAAAUUGCAACCCCACACAACAGACUUUUUGGACAUUUCGAAUCCAAAAGCUAUUUUAGAGACAACGCUGAGGAAUUUUUCCUGCUUGACCACUGGGGAUAGUAUUAUGGUGGCUUACAACAACAAGAAAUAUUACAUUGAUAUUGUAGAAACAAAGCCGUCUCAUGCAAUAAGUAUCAUUGAGACAGAUUGUGAGGUGGACUUUGCCCCUCCAUUGGACUACAAGGAACCUGAAAAGCCUGUUGUACCUGUUCCUUUAAAUAAGGCACCUGCUCAAGUUCAAGAGGAUCCCGCUGGAAAAGAACCUAAAUUCAACCCUUUUACCGGGGUAGGAAGGCGCUUGGAUGGGAAGCCUAUGCAGACUCAGUUCGCACCGGCUUCUUCUUCAGGGUCAAAAGACAAGCAACCCGAUACUUCUAAUGGCAGGGCACAGCCUUCUGCAGGGUCUACUUCACAAACAACUGCUCGCCAAUCCCAAGGAAAGCUGGUUUUUGGAUCAAAUGUGAACCGGGCACCAAAGGAUACACAAAAGGAAGCUCCGAAAGACAGUAAACAAGAGCAGUCGCAAAAGAAAGAAGAGCCGAAAUUCCAGCCUUUUACCGGGAAAAAGUACUCAUUAAGGGGUUGAUUGGGUUGUAAACAUUCCGAUGACAUUGGUCGAUGGUUAUCGUUUUCUUUCUUUUUUUAUGUGCCCUUUGAUCGCGUGGGGUAAUAGAACAGAAAUAUGUAUCAAUUCUGAUAUUAUAUUAUCAAAAGAUAAGAGUAGGAAGUUUAUUUAUGAAGAUAAGAAUACAAUUUCCUUGGAUUGUUAUGUCCCA